UUUGCAUGUUCCUCUCUGCAAGCGGGGAUGUAGAGGUGGGAUUGCAAGGACCGAGAAAGCUGGGGGAACCCACGCGUUCAGCCUUAGAGAAAGUACGCGUUUCCUGAAUAACUGACGGCUGAGAGACGGACCGCUCGGACUGUGGGAGCCCUCCCCUCUGCUCGGAUCUGCUUUGUUUCCAGACGGCCCAUGGAACGACGUGCAUGAGGGCUGAGCUGUAGUGCGGGCAGAAGGCCUGCCUGUUAUCGGCUGGCGGAUUGGUCCAUUGAGGUGAGGCACCACUCUCAACUGGGCUCAGAACGAACCGAGACAAGGCCUUUGCUCCCCCUCCUCGCUCACCCAUUCCCCCUUUCCACCCUCACCCCCAACCCAGGCACGCACGCUCUGGACCAUGUCUAGCGGGCUGUCGGCGGGGGGCCGGACAGAGGACCAGGAGCGGAAUAGCUGCAAACAGGACUCUCCUGUUAUAGAGCGCAGGAACCGCAGUGGCAUCCUCAGUGAGCCCCUCAGUAAGAGCCUUAAGAAGUCCCGUACCCUCUCCCAGUAUACAGCAGUCUCCUCUGCCACCAGCAAUGGACACAAGGACAAUAGUGAGACCAAGAGCCACUCGGCCAAGCCUCAGCCACCCCCGCUGCCUCAGCCCACUGUCUCCGCACUGACAGCAGCCAAGUUGGACCGGACCCUAGAACAGGUUCUGGAGGGACAGAAUGGCCUGCUGCACUUUGCUCAGGCAGCAGCAUUGUUAAAGCGGGCCGGUAUGGAGCACAUGCUCCUGCCUGGGGGCAUGGGAAUGGGAGUUGGCAGUGGAGAUGCGGGCUCGGGGGCUAGCGACUUGGAGGGUACGUCUGUCACGGACGCCGUAGGUGGUCCUGCCGACUUCCCAUAUGGAGUAGGGGGUGGGUUCCCCUUCAACCCGGGGCUUUUCAUCAUGACGCCGGCUGGAGUGUUUCUGGCGGACAGCGCGCUACACAUGGCCGGCCUGGCCGAGUACCCGGCGCAGAGCGAGCUGGCCUCUGCUAUCAACUCCGGCAAAAAGAAGCGAAAACGUUGCGGCAUGUGCCCACCUUGCCGACGGCGGAUUAACUGCGACCAAUGCAGCAGCUGCCGGAAUCGCAAAACAGGCCACCAGAUCUGCAAGUUUCGCAAAUGUGAGGAACUGAAGAAGAAACCCUCUGCUGCUCUGGAGGUGAUGCUCCCUACAGGAGCGGCGUUCCGGUGGUUCCAGUAGGACUCCUCCUCCACUCCCUACCCAAAGCUCUGCCAUCAAGUGCAAUGCCAACUCCUGGAUUGUCUCCAGAACAGACACUGGCUAAUAAACAAACAAGCAACAAAUAAAAUUAUAGAAAUAAAAAAAUCAAGAAAAAAAAAAGAAAAAACAAAAAAAAUCAAUCGGGUAAUGGAUGCACCUACUUAUUCCUUGAACCAAAAAUGAAGCGUAAAGAAAAGCAUCUAUGGCAACUUUCAUUCCCUUUUCUAUGUUUCCAUUUUGGUACCUUUUGUCCUUUUUCCAGCAGGUUUUUUUCUGUCGCUUAAACAUGGAACUGUUCAUUGCCAGAAACAGAAAUGAUGGACUGAGUGUGGACAAUCAACUAAUUUCUGUGUUUGGUGUUAAUGUUGUUCAUGUGUGGAAAGAUACAGUACUUGUGUAGAGAAUGUAAAUUUACAGCUAUAUUUCAAAACUAGUGGCUAAUGGCAAACAUUAUUGUAAUUCUUCACCAUUAUUUUACUCUUUGUUGAAGAGUCUAGUUUUCAGACGGAUCGGUGGUUGUCUUUGAAAGACAAAGGAACUGUUUCAAAUUGUGACGCUGUUGAUUUGGGAUUUAAACUAAACUGAAAAAGUCAUGUUAUCGGGCCACUACAGUAGUCUGUAUAGUCUCCUCAAUCAGCCCUCUUGUGCAUUUCCAAACUUUUCCUUUAGAUACUGGCAGCCUUAUGUUACUGUGGCCCUACUGAGCAUGUGCCAAUACUGCUCAGGGCAAUAGCACUAAGAGACAGCACUUGCUCUGAGUCUACCCUACUGAACGCACUGAGACAAGAUUCAUUUUUUUUAUUUGCUAUAUUUUCAUGAUUUUGUUCUGUUGCUGGGUAGCUACAGCUUUUUUGAAAUAACCAAUCUUUGUAUUUGUUUAGAAAAUUCGACUGGUUUUGUGAAUAAAAAGGAAUGCAUGUAUUUGUGUCAAAAUUUACAAUUCU